CUAGAAUUCAAUGCCAUCAAGAGACCUCUGCUCUAUUAGUCAUCAAUGCUCAAACCUGAAGUCAUUUAAAACGAUGGCAUGUGGUGUUCACGAAGCUUUACUCUCUGCUCUUCCUUUCACCGAAAACUUUAGCACAUAUCAGAAAGUUUCUACAAUGAACACUUACACAACACAUGAUGAGUUGUACAACGAGGCUUCCUUUGAGGAUUUAUCGAUUGAGGACACGCUCCAAGCGAAUUCUGUGGGUGAUAUAGAGGAAGCGGGAUCAGAUUCUGAAUCACCUUUAUCACCUUCUAAGUCACGAAAAAAGCCGUGCCGAUUGUUCAUGCAGCCGCUACACGAAAAAGUUCUUCUUCAGGCAAUUAUCAGCAAUCCUCCGUUUGCUAAGGAUGAUAGGACAGUUAAUCAACGGUGGCAGAGUGUUGUCGAUCGAGUUCAACAGACAGAUUUAUCUCCCCUCCGCAUUGGCCCGCCUAUUUACAGCGGCGUUACAGUACGCAAUGCUAGAAGCGCAUGGGAAGCGAUGGCACAGGAUCAUAAAAAAUAUUUAAGAGAAAAAGCUGCGGCGACUGGUAUUAUUGGAGAAGAGGACGAGCGCCGUCAUUUAAUCAACCUGGCAUAUGAGCUGGAGCAGGAAGCUCACCAACAAAGAACAAACAAUCUAGAGAAUCGUAAGCGUGUUCAUGAAGCAUAUCUGCAGAACAACAGAGAUGGUGAGGCUUUGCGAGAAGCUGCUAUGUCGCGAGCCGCACGAAAACGUUCUUCAGAUUCUUCCGAAACCUCAUCUUCGACGGACAUAAGUCGACAACGGAAAAUGAGACGCACAAGGGAUAAUAGCGAGCUGAGCAAGCUAGUUAUUGAAACAAAAGAAUAUUUGGAGUAUUCAAAAGCCGCUGAAGCAGAACAUCGUGCCGACAUCAAAGAGAUAUUGAGGGCUGUGCAGAGUAGUUGUGCAGCACUCCAUGAACUAUUAGCAAAGAAAUAA